GACUCCCUCCUGAAUACCAUCUACGGCUUCGGGGACAACAAUCCUGACGCCAUCGCUCGCAUCCAGAGGUCCUGCGACGCGGUGUGCGGCGUGCCGCAGAAGAAUGUCCUCGAGCGCUUCGUCGGAGACUGGAGGUGCGAGUGGAACAGCAACACCGCCAACGAGGGCCGCAACACCAUGCUGAAGUUUGUGUCGCGUUCGGUUCUUCCGUCGGUGCUUGUUUCCUUUUUCAAGUCCUACGUGAGGGUGACCAAGGACUCUUAUGAGGUUAUUUCUGGCUUCACGCUGGCAGGGCACGAGACCUGCGACGCCGCGAUGUGCAUGAAGGGCAAGCGCGAGACGAGCAGCGGCAGCACCUGCAAGUUCAAGCUGGGCGAGGUCCGGGUGGUGGAGGAGGGGAGCAGGAUCAAUGCAUUUGAGUAA